AUGGCAUGCGCGGACGCCGAUGGAAUUUUUACGACCGUUGAUGUAGGAGAAGCAGGCAGGUUUAGUGAUGGUGCCGUUUUUAAAGCUUCUAUACUUGAUAAACUUCAUAUCCCAAAACCAACACUAAUGCCUAAUGAUGCUUUUGAUUUUCCUUUGUACAUGGUAGGAGAUGAAGCAUUUCCACUCAAAGUAAAUCUCAUGCGGCCGUAUCCUAAACCAAUAAUGUGUCAUGAAGACACUGCAAUCAAAGUUAUAAAAGCAGCAUGUAUUCUACACAAUUUCAUUAAAUUGAUCGAGGGUUAUUUUUCAGUUCCCCAAAUCAGUAAAAAUCAGGAAAAUCAAUGUACAAAUCGAAAGGCGUCACAAUCAAACAAUAACCAUUGUAGUAAUAAAUCUGCAGAAGAAGUAAGAGAUUAUUUGAAAAUAUAUUUUUUGAAACCAGAAAAUGCAUUGCCUUGGCAUGAAAAUUACACUUUAUAA